GCCCGGGUGCCUGACAGAACGAUCUGUUAUCGAAACAAGCGCUUAAAGUGAAAGUAGUGGGCAACUUUUAUUUUGAAGGAAUAUCUUGCUACCACGAUUCCAGAAAAUUAAGAGAAACCGGAAAUGCCAUGUACAAUCAACUUUCUUGCAAGCUACAGUUGUUUUGUUUUUUAGCCACCGAAACGCGCCCUGAUAUAAUAUAUUCCUUCUCAUUGAGGUUAGUUGCUAGUUUUAUUGCGAUAUAUAUACUUAUAUGUAGGAAUUAGCAUCCCUUUUAGCAUAACAUUUGCCAGGUGGCUAACUUGCUGGGUAUUUAUAUCAAGAUAACUAACCUAACGCUAGCUACAGUCCCUGAAAGUGAUUUCUGAUACGCGGCUGAAACCCCAAUGUUGCUAAUUACUAAUAACUAGUUGUGUGACUGUAGGCAGGUUAAAGAUUCAGCUUUGAAAUAGCGUUAACUCAACUGAUGAGCAACUGAAAUAGGACUUUUGUUUUAGCCGAAGUAGAGCAAGAACCUGCACGCCAGUUCUCCAGGGUAUCCACGAGCAGCUCCAGGGCAAAUAUAGGGGCUUGACCAUUCUAACUUUCAUCUUUGAUAUCAGAUAAAUGGUGUAGAAUUCAACAUGUCCCUGAGUACAGUCCACACGACCUUGUCCAGUCUGAAAACAUGCCAGGCAGAUAUUGGAACAGGGAUGGACAUUGUGACAGAUGUUGCCCUGGACCUUGCUGAAACUGCUGGUGUUGCAUAUUUCAGGAGCAGAGAACGAAGCAGGCCUGGAGAAGCUGGAGCUCAUGAUGUUAGAUUGUGCUAAACUGGAUCGCGAAAUAAACUGCUUUGUCGGGGUGGUGGAAUGUGUCACCGCCGAGAAUCAGCCAGAGACCAUGUUCAAUCUGAAGUCUCUAGUGAAGGACAAGUUCACUGAGAUCCAAAGCAGACUGUCUGAUGAGGAACUACAGAACCACAACAAGUUGGUCAGCUUCAAGGAGAGCGUCAGAAACGCACUCAAAACAGUGAACUCCGGGACGACGGCGAACACGGAGGAAGAGCUUGAUGAGGACAUCGCUGUGACACAGAGCGAUGUCAACUUCACGUGUCCUCUGACUCAGGUGGACAUGGUUAACCCAAUGAAGAACAAGAAGUGUAACCAUCAUUAUGACCAAGAUGCUAUUUUGGAGAUGAUCAGGAACCGACUCAGCCAGAAGAAGAAGCUACGCUGUCCUGUGGUUGGCUGUGACAACACCGACGUCAAGCAGGGAGACCUGGUCCUAGAUCAGAUGAUGAAGAGACAAAUUCAGAGGAAACAGUCCAGCAUGACCUGAUUCUGUUAAAUCUGGGGUGGUUUCAUUACCCCUGCACCCUGAAAAGACUGACAUGUAAAUUAAUUCAUGGCCUGUUUGUCUAUCACUUUAAAACACUUAAAUAGUGUUUUGUUUACUAACAAUACUCAGUUUUUUUUUUUCAUCAGUUCAGUAAAAUGCUUGAAAAGGAGACACUUGUCAUAUUAAAUGUUCAUACAAGUGUGGAGCCACAAGGCCAUAGCCAAAGUGACAUAAGACAUCAUGGAAUGCCCAGGGCAGACCAGGGUUUGGGGUUCACAAGUCAUGGGGGGAAAUUCUAUUUUUAAAUGUAUUUUUAUUAAAUCUAAAAAACUACAUUGACACAUAUGGUAGAUAUGUUAGGGAAUGUGCUGUUAAGCUUAUCCUUGGAGUAGUGUUGUUUUUAAAUAAGUCCCUUGUGUAGUUCUCCCUAGGGUAGACUCUUAAUUUAUAGACCACUAGGGGGCACUGUCUUCAAUGGAACACACUGAGUCUUUACAAGUUUGAUAAGCAUACUUAUUCUAGGCUGAGUGAUUCAGUUAAUGCAGAGAUACUUAAUACAAUACACAGAAAGGUCACGUCUUGCUUUUUACAUUGAAAAAAAAUAAUCGAUGUUAUGUAAAUGAAAAUAUAAAUAAAUCCGUUAGUGUGAAAGCUGUGACUCAAUUCAGUAGAGUGAUUAAA